CCAGCCAGCUUGCUCUACUCUCGUCAGUACUCGGUAGUAAAAUGUUUUGGCAAACGGGUUGCCUACACACAGCCGCUGCACGAAAAUGAACUAGGCGCGGAGACACGAGAUGCACCUGCACUUCGAGCGCAACCUGAACGCCAAGUGCGACUGCUCCAUCCUUUCCCUGACAUGGAUGGGAAAAGUACCUGAUGAGCUGCCGGAGGAUGAAGGAUGGAAGUUGAGCAGGACAAAUUACUAUCAAGAAGGGUGGCUGGCUGCUGGAAAUGUUCGUGGAAUCGUCGGCGUCACCUUCACAACGUCCCACUGGCGCAAGAACUCAGAGUUUCCUCUACGGACCAACUACAACCUACGAGGACACCGAUCUGAGAUAAUAUUAGUGAAAUGGAACGAGCCGUAUCAGAAGUUGGCCUCUUGCGACAGCUCGGGCAUCAUCUUUGUGUGGAUCAAAUACGACGGCCGGUGGAGCAUCGAACUGAUCAACGACCGCAACACCCCGGUUACCCACUUUUCGUGGUCGCACGACGGCCGGAUGGCCCUCAUUUGCUACCAGGACGGUUUUGUCUUGGUGGGUUCGGUGGCGGGUCAGAGAUACUGGUCAUCAAUGCUGAGUCUCGAGUCGACCAUCACCUGCGGACUGUGGACACCGGACGACCAGCAAGUCUACUUUGGCACAACUUCCGGCCGCUUGAUAGUGAUGGACGUCCACGGAGCCAUGGUUUCGCAAAUCCAGUUGUGCCAGGACUACGGUCCCAUCGUGUCCAUGGCCUGGAGCUGCGAGAAGUUCAAAAUGGAAGAGAACGAGUCUGACGGAGCUAGUCCAUAUCACAAUCGCGGCUUUGUACUGGCCGUUUGUUUGAAAAACGGCAACAUUCUGCUGAUGAAAAGCUUCGACGACGUGUCCCCGGUGCAGCUGCAGACCGGUCUGGUCGGCUUGUGCAUCGAGUGGAGCAACUCAAGGCACCUACUGGCCGUGGCAGGCACCAGGCCGGCGACCUCGCCUUCCGACGGCCAAACCAACGUCCUUCAGUUUUACUCAGAGUCAGGCACCCUCGUCUACUCCACUUUAAUCCCUUACAAGCAGUCGAACGUAACUGCCCUGACGUGGGGCCACAACGACAAGCGCCUUUUCAUCGCCACCGGGUGCCAAAUGCACAUCGCCUGGGUCUCACGGCGCAUUGCGAGUCUGCAGUUGUUAAGCGGUCUUAAGACUCACACGCAGCUUAAGUCCGAGAGCCACGUCGCCGCCCUGCCGCUGCCUCCGCGCAUCAGGGUCCUCGUGUCCAAUUUGUUUGCUCAGACUAUCAGGGUCAGUGAGUGCUACUUGCCAGAAAUCAAUCAAAUGCGCGACUUUGUGAGCAGACCACCUAGCAAAAACUUCCGGCUCUACUGCACUAUGAUCAGACACGACGAAGACACAAACCUGACCGCUGGCACUUGUUACACUCUUUAUUUGGAAUUUCUAGGCGGACUAGUCCCUCUGCUCAAGGGGAAGAGAACAAGCAAAAUCAAACCAGAAUUUGUGAUAUUUGACCCUCAGGUUGAGGAACAAGAUUUGCUGGAGACUUCGAAGGCGAAUUCUCACGGCUCGGACACUUCUCCGAAUGGCCAGUUGACCACAGACUCGUCGGAAUCGGACAUGGACGAUGGUUGUGCCAGUCCAAGGGUGCAAAGGAGACAAAAGAGGUGCAGAAAGAGAAGGGCUCAGGAGAAAAGAGAACUGCUGGAAAUUGACGAUCUGACUUACUUAGAUAUUCUGCCAGAGUAUGCUCGGCUAGUUCAAGUUACGUCCAACAUCUGGGGCACGAAAUUUAAAAUACACGGUCUUGCAUCUUCGUUGCCUGAAAAUUUAGGACACAUCACUUACAAAACGUCACUGUUGCACCUCCAGCCGAGACAAAUGACUCUUGUAAUGACUGAGCUCGGCGACGACGUCGUCCUAGGGCCAGAUCCUAAUUUUAAUCCCCAUCUUUUUUCUGAAGAUGAAGAUGAAGUGGUGAGUGAAGUGGAGACCAGAAACCUGCCAAUGACUGACCUUGCCCUGCCCAUUGCCCCGAUGACCCCGCGCCCUGCAGCUCACGAGUCGAGGCGCCUUCAGCAGCAGAACUCGCGGAGUUCUCGGCUGAGUGCCAAGGCCAACGAUCCCCCUGGGCAACUUCAGAGGGCCCCCAGUUCGUUGCCCCCUCUGUGCGGCGGGGAGCCUCAGACCCCAAAGCACACGGUGGCGCCUAGAGAGGAUCUGCCCACUGAGCCUAGCACCAGCAUGAGGGUCAAGUCGUCAAUUAAGGUCGCCAGCCAGUCCGACGAGGCUAAGGAGAUUUACUCAGGUUGUAGAACAAAGAGGAGAGAGAAAAGUUCUGGCCACAAACAGGUGGUUUCCUCGUUGUCCAAGGAAGAGGAGGCGCCUCCGUCCGCCGCUGCGGUGGCGGCAGCGCUUUCGCUAGGGUGCAGUCGCGGGCCCACAGUGGUCAACCCGUCCUCGUAUAGCAUUCUGCUCGACCCGAUGGUGCGAUCGUGCAGCGUCGGCUACCUGGACCUCGUGGACCUGACGCUCAACUCGCACGGCCCUCUCGGCGACCUGAGCGACUCUGCACCGCCCAAAAGACUAGUCCUAGUGCAUAAGAAGGAGCAACCCAAGCCAAAACUCACCCACUGCGGCAAGAGCAAGAGCUUUGACUCGAGCGAGAUUUUCCCCUCGGCUGAGGCUAAGAAGAAGCAGACCAGAGCAAACCAAACCGCUAACUUGCAAAGCUUUCAAAAGUCUCAAGCAACCAAAAAGCCUCCAGCCAACACCACCACUCUCUCGGAUCGAGCUGAGCCCAUCAAGGACUUGAAGACUGAAGUCUUUGUCAACCAAAACGACGGCUUGCCAAGUAGUGCCGUGGAGCGAAACGCCAUUGCGACUCGUCUUCCGCACAGCACCCCAGCCAGUCCGGCCCUGGGCAAGAAGAAGAGAAAUCAAUCGCCUCUCAGAAGCUUUGCUUUGGAUUGCAGGCGACAUCUCCUCAACUCGCCCCUUCUGUCCAGGCGGGUGUGGAAAAAUCGAAACACAAAUGAGAGUUCUGAUGACGAAGUUGCCACUACCAACGAGGAGAUCACCAAUGGACGCAACUUCAAAGAUCUUGAAACCUUCCAAAAAGCUCAGCUCAGACAGAAAUUAAGAAAAGGAAAAAAUGACCCUCCGCCGCCUUCUGUGCCAGUUGCCGCUGCAAGGCACAGGGAGUUUGUGAUGCAUAAUAAGGCCCCUAUGUGGAAUGAGAACAGUCAGGUGUAUCAACUGGAUUUCGGCGGGAGGGUCACUCAAGAAUCGGCCAAGAAUUUCCAAAUUGAAUUCCGCGGCAAGCAGGUCAUGCAGUUUGGCCGAAUCGACGGCAACGCUUACACGCUUGAUUUCCAAUAUCCGUUCUCAGCUCUCCAAGCUUUUGCAGUCGCCCUGGCAAACGUCACUCAGCGUCUCAAGUAAAACACGUAUAUUAAUUUUGCAGAAAUAUCGUGAAAGAGUCCAAAGGUCCAGUGACGAGACUAUGCAAAUAUGUGACUUUUAAAUACCUUUUUUGAUUUACGACGGAAAUUAUUUUACUGCUUAUAUUACACACUAAUGAUUGUUGAUGUUGGUUGGAGACUUGAAUGUCCUUCGGUCGUUGAUUUGAAAUUUGAAUUUACACACAUAGAGUUAAGUUUUGACGAUACUGUUGUUUGCGAUACUUUUCAAAUUCCAUUAAAUAUUAUAUAUAUCCCCAAAACUGCGAUAAACACAGAGAGCUUGUUUUGAAGUUUCCAACUUAAAAAUGAUGUUUGAUGGGUUCAAUUUUUGCCUGCGCCUUUCUGUACACACAUAUAUUAUUAAGGGGCUAAAUCAAUUUAGCUCGGGAGUGUUUUUUGGAGCACACGAAAAUGAAAGAAAAAAAAAUCAUGUCCGCAUAAAGCAGGCAACACUGCAAAUUUUAGUGUUUAAAAAUAAAAUGUAAAUUUUUGCCAAACAAAUUCCGGACCCAAAUAAAAAACUUUUUU